AUGCCAUACCUUUCCCCAGAAUACCCCGAGAUCAGCACAAAAGACAUUCUGUCCUGGGGCCUUGACGAUGGAGAAUAUGACCAGGAUAAGCUCCUCUGGGUCGAUGCGUUAGACCCCUCACGUUCAGUUUCAGCCAAAGAGACCCGCGCCAUAAUCAGGCAGCUUGUUGCUGGCUUCAAGAAAGCGGGGCUCAAGCCUGGUGAUACAGUCUGCAUUACUUCGUUCAGCGAUAUAUACUAUUCCGUCCUCGUCCUCGGCAUUAUAGCCGCCGGAUGUGUCUUUACUGGCACCAACCCUGGCUACACUCCCUUUGAGCUCGAGCACCACCUACGUGCGUCUCGUGUGAAGAUGGUCAUCAGCGAGCCAGACCUCCUCCCUGCAAUUCUCGCCACCCCCUACGGCAAGGAUCUGCUCGCUCAGCAAGACGACCAUCGGCCUCGCGUCCUCAUCUUCGACCACCACGUCCCACUCUCCACUCCCACCUCGGCCAGCACCACCUCGCACCCGUCCUGGCGCACACUCCUCCAGCACGGCUCGCAGGACUGGCACCGUCUUCACGCGCCCUCCUCCUCCUCCCCGUCGUCCUCCACCGCCGCCGCCGCCAACGCCACCACCACUGCCAUGCUCCUCUUCAGCUCCGGCACCUCAGGCCUCCCCAAGCCCGUGCCCCUCACGCACGCCAACCUGAUCGCGCAGCACACGCUCGCCUUCUACCACGUCUCGCCCAACCGCAACAACCAGCACCUGUCGUCGGCGCCGCCGUGGCGGGCCUACGCGCGCCGCAUCAGCUUCCUGCCGCCCUUCCACGCCGCCAUCGCGCCGUCGCUGCACGUCGGCACGCUGCGCUCGGGCGACACGACGUACGUCAUGCCGCGCUUCGACCCGGCCGCGGUGCUGCGCGCCAUCUGCGCGCACGCGAUUACCGAUGUCAUCGUCGUGCCGCCCUGCGUGCUAGCCCUCGUCAACCUGCCGCCGGAGAUGCUGAAGGAUCCGCGCUGCUCCUUGGCUAGCGUACGCUGGAUCCGUUGUGGUGCGGCGCCGCUGUCGGCGGGGGUGCAGGCGAGGCUGCAGGCGCUGCUGGAUCGGAAGGUGGAUGAGGGCGGCGCGGAGGGCCAGGCGGUCAUCACGCAGGUUUGGGGCAUGACGGAGACGGCGUGCGUGGUGACGCAGUUUGCGCCGGGGGAGAGGGAUGAUGGGCCGUCGGGUGCGGUGGGGAGGCCGUUGGCUGGGUUGGAUGUGAAGGUGGUGGAUGAGGACGGGAAGGAGGUGGGUGAGGGGGGCGUGGUGGAGGGGAAGGGGAGGGUGGUGAGGGGCGAGAUUUGCGUGAGGGGUCCGACGGUUGUGAUGGGGUAUGUUGAUGUCGAGAGGGGUGGGGUGAGCAGGGCGGAGUGGGAUGAGGAGGGAUUUUUCCACACCGGGGAUGUGGUUGAGGCCGUGGAUAAGGAUGAUGGGAAGGGCCCUGUGUUUUGGAUUGUGGACAGGAAGAAGGAACUUAUCAAAGUCCGUGGCUUCCAGGUUGCGCCGCCAGAAGUCGAGGGAGUACUGCUGGCGCAUCCCGACGUGCUGGAUGCAGCGGUCAUUGGAGUGUUCGACACUGCGACACAAUCCGAAGUCCCUCGAGCAUACAUUAUGAAGAGGGCUGGGGCAAGCUUGACUGUGAGAGAUGUUAAACAAUGGGUUAGUGAGCGGUUGGCGAAAUACAAGUGCUUGGAUGGAGGUGUGGUGUUCUUGGACGUUAUUCCAAAGACGGCAAGUGGAAAGAUUUUGAAGAGAGUUCUGAGAGAAAUGGCGAAGCGGGAGAUGGGAAAAGAGUCAAAGCUCUGA